CUCUUUACUUUCCGUAUUCAGGGUUGCGUGCCAGGAGCUGUACAAGCCGUCAAAGUCCAGCUUGAUCCGUCACAAGCAAACGUAACAACAUUUAUUGUUUACGACCCUGCAAAUUAAGUUAUUUUAACAAAAAGUCAGCGAUUCUGUAUACGCGGUGGGUGACCGCUGUCGAUUCGAGUAACAGUAAUUUGGCCGCUGUUUACUGGUGCAGGUCCUUAAAAUGCAUAGGCUAAGGGUUGUUUCUGGACACCUGUCACCGCAAAACCGGCUUGGACCGUACAGUCAUGCCCAAAUAGCCCGAUCGGAGUGCAGCGCAUCGCUCCCAGUUGCUGCGGAUGAUAUCGUUGUGGUCCACGGACUGAGGACAGCCAUCGGAAAAGCUAAGAGAGGAUCCUUCAAGGACACCACCCCCGACGAGCUGCUGUCUGCGGUGAUGAGCGCCGUCCUGCGGGAUGUGGGCCUUUCGCCGGACAAGCUGGGGGACGUCUGCGUGGGUAAUGUUCUGCAGCCUGGUGCAGGUGCCCUCAUGGUCAGAGUAGCUCAGUUUCUCAGUGGGUUCCCAGACUCUGUGCCCAUCUACACCGUUAAUAGAAUGUGUUCUUCUGGCCUACAAGCCCUCUUCAAUGUAGCAGGUGGCAUCAGGAAUGGAUCAUAUGACCUUGGACUGGCAUGUGGAGUGGAGAGCAUGAGCCUGCGCUCUGUGGGAAACCCAGGUGAUGUCAGCUCCAGGUUAAUGGACAACGCCAAGGCCCGGGACUGCCUCAUCCCCAUGGGAAUCACCUCGGAGAAUGUGGCGGAGAGAUUCGGGAUCUCCAGGGAGAAGCAGGACGCCUUCGCGCUGAGCUCCCAACAAAAAGCCAGCAAGGCGCAGGAGCGAGGCGUGUUCCAGCAAGAGAUUACGCCGCUCACCACAAGAUUUGUGGAUGAGGACGGCAAGGAGCGGACCAUAGUGGUCUCCAAGGACGACGGGAUCCGGCCAGGAACUACCGUGGAGGGGCUGGCCAAACUCAAGCCGGCAUUCAAACCAGACGGCAGCACCACCGCAGGAAACUCAAGCCAGGUAAGCGACGGGGCAGCAGCAGUGCUACUAGGACGCCGGUCCAUGGUGGAGGCACUGAAUCUGCCCGUGAUGGGGGUGCUGAGGGCCUGCGCCGUGGUGGGGGUCCCCCCGGACCUCAUGGGCAUCGGGCCCGCCUACGCCAUCCCUGCAGCCCUGAGGAAGUCUGGGCUGUCCGUGGCUGACGUCGACGUCUUUGAGAUCAAUGAGGCUUUUGCCAGUCAGGCUGCGUACUGCGUGGAGAAGCUGGGCAUUCCUAUGGAGAAGGUGAACCCCAAUGGGGGUGCCAUUGCCCUGGGACACCCCCUGGGCUGCACCGGGGCCCGGCAGGUGGUCACCCUGCUCAAUGAGCUCAAGCGGAGGGGCAAGAGAGCAUAUGGUGUGGUGUCAAUGUGCAUCGGAACAGGGAUGGGGGCAGCCGCUGUGUUUGAAUACCCAGGGAACUGACGCUAAGGGGGGGCGAUUAUCCAAGCAGACGCACACAGCAGCCUGAAUGUGUAAACUGAUGGACCAUGGUGCAAAGAAAAUGGGCACUGAAUGUUUAUUACUGUAGUAGUAGGCUGUAGUCUCACACCGGGGGCCUUAAUCUCACAGAAAAUCCUGCUUGGUACAUUACCUCUGCGCAAAAAUGUGAUUAAAAAAAAAAAAAAAAAAAAAAAACAGAACUU